GUGAGUUUGAGACGAGAAUUGACGGCCUCAUCGACUUAGUCUGGAAUGGCGUUAAUCAAGGCCCUAAAAUGGUCAUGUCUCGAUCUGAAAAUAGCCCAAAUCAGGCCGAAAACAUGAAACCCACGCUGAACUAGUGCAAAUCCCGGGCACACACAGCGAAUAUUCUCGCAGUUGCUUUCGUCACUGAGUUCCACAGGGGUGUCAAAAUCAGCUCAUUCACUCACUGUGAUAAGUCAGAUCUUGUGGAAUGCACCUCAGACAGAGGACAAAGCCGGACGGAACUUUGAACAAAAUACUACACAAGUUCCAGAUUUAUCCGGAUUGAGGCAGACCUCGGUCCGAUAUAGUGCAAUCAGCCUCUUGAGGUGAACUGACCUUGUAGUGUAGCCGGGGCCAGAUCUGCUUCUCUCAGUCACGACAUGUGAUGACUGAAACGUGAUCAGCAGGACAGACGGUUGAUAUUUGUAAUUCGCGCCAAAAUUAUAUCAACGUCCUUCUCCCGGGUCGCAAUCGCACCGAUGCGAUAUAUUUCUUGACCGCAUUCGAUCGUAGACAAUUAUAAAACUCGGAUCAUUGAGUGCCGAGCGAGGGAGGUAGGGCAGAUCGGGUCGUCUCUCGAACAAGGUGUCACAGUUUCGUCCACGGGCAUCGAUUCGAAAUAAGCGUAUGUGUGGGAAAGGUUAUAUGCCAUCACGAUGACCGAGUCAAUCAUCAUCUUAUCGAUAAUUAUGUAUCGGCGACGCAUGACCCGGCAUCAAGUGACGCAUCCCAGCACACAUAUUUGGGAAUCAUGUUGCUCUGCACGCGCACCGCUCCUUCUUCCCCUGGGAAAAACUUCCAUUCCUUUGGUUUCAUGUGGGCGAUAGCAUCGAUUGUGUCUGUGUUGUCUCAACGCCGGGGCUGAGCUGCCAGGUAGUCGUGCAUUCGAUCGGUCGUGCAGCCAAGUUCCCGGCUCGCAUGUUGUGAAGUGCUGACAAUCGAAGAACCGCGCGCAAAUCCUGGGAGCGUCGCACCGCAUACGGAUCGAUCAACGCCUGUUGUCACGCGCCGCGCAGAUCACAGACGCGAUGGGACACACGCCGCGCAUGCUUCUCCCCGCGACCCAGCGUGCUCCCCCCUCCGGACCAUGUGUGCAUGAGAGAACCGCUCUGAUGCUAUAAAUUGGGGCCCGGGAAUCUCCCAGGACUCAGCGACGACGACGAUGCUGUCCCCAGUACUCUCCCUCUUCCUGCUGGCCGCUGCCACGACGGCGCUCGCCUCCACAACAACAACGCCGACGCCGCACACGAUCCAGCUCCAAUCGCGCGUCGCCCCGAAAGACGCGACCCUGCGGCGCCGCGCGCUGAACCCCGCGACGGUGCCGCUCGCGGACUUCUUCCUCGGCACGGACCUGCAGUGGUUCGGCAACAUCUCCGUGGGCACGCCGCCGCAGACGGUGUCGGUCGUGUUCGACACGGGCAGCAGCACGCUCGAGUUCGCGUCGACGCUGUGCGGCACGCAGUGUUCGAACCAGGUCAAGUUCGACUCGAGCAAGUCGACCACGUUCGUCGAUCGCGGGAGGACGUCGUCGAUCACCUUUGCGACGGGCGUCGGCGUCGAUCCGGUUAUUGGGUCCAACUACAGACUGACGCUGCGGGAGGCAAGUGACACGGUGACCGUCGGGGGCCUGACCUCCAAGGGCGUCGACCUGUUCUUGAUCACGGGCCAGACCCCCAAGUUCAACAUCGACCCGUUCAGCGGCAUCCAGGGUAAGCUGCGUGCGUCUCAGCCUGAGCUCUGCCGCUCACACGAAGCUGGAACAGGAAUGAGCGCGCUGGCGCAGGGAUUCUUCGCGUCUCUCAUCAACCAGGGCCUCCCAUCCCUCUUCAGUUUGUACCUCACGCCCCGCGCGAUCGGCGGCGCUGAGCUGACCAUCGGCGGAGUCGAUUCCACCAAAUUCACCGGUACGCACCUCUUCCCUGGAUCGCUGACCUUCGCGUCGCUGCCGAACCCGAACUCGGACCCGACCUGGUCGCUCGACUCUCCCCGCAUCGCCGUCAACGGCAAGACCACGUCGGUCCUCUCCCGCGCGCGCAACAUCAUCUUCGACUCGGGGACGUCGAACGUGCUGUUCGACACCCAGACCGCGAACGCGAUCUACGCGCUCAUCUCCCCGAACAUCAAGCCCUUCGCCGCCGAGCCCGGCACCUACGGCAUCGCCUGCUCCCUCAUCCCGACGCUGCCCGCCAAGAUCGACAUCGGGUUCACCUCCCAGUCCGGCAAGGCGUUCAACCUCACGAUCCCCAGCAGCGAGCUCAGCGUCGGCCCGUUCGCGAGCAGCCCCAGCACGUGCCAGACGCUCAUCAAUGCGUUCGACGGGCUCGAUCUCGUCGGCGGGAGCCUGUUGAAGCACUACUAUAGUGUGUGGGAUGUGGGCGCCCAGCGCAUGGGUUUCGCGCCGCUCGCGUUCUGAAGGCUGGAUAUAUGGGUGCAGUAGGGAUAUCUACUGCCAGCUGCUCUCUUUGGAUUGAUUCGAGCCAAC